UAAUAAUAAUUUACGCAAUAACAUUGUUAGGGUGGGAAAAGGGCAGAGAUUUGGGAACAAUAAAACUAUAAAACUAAAUAAAACAAAAGACUCGACGGCAAUAAACGUAAACAAUAAUCAUUGUUGAAUGAAAAAUAUGCCGGUAGAACUAAACAGUCUUACCGAAGGCUGGCUAGAAUUGGAAAGUGAUCCUGGUCUUUUUACUUUACUAUUAGAAGAUUUCGGUGUUAAAGGUGUGCAAGUUGAGGAAAUUUAUGACCUGCAUAAGCCUUUAGAGAGCCCGGUAUACGGAUUUAUCUUUUUAUUUAGAUGGAUAGAAGAGCGCAGAUCAAGGCGUAAAUUCGUUGAACAAAUUGAAAGCUUUGUACGGGAUGAGGAGACCAUCAAUAAUAUAUUUUUUGCACAGCAAAUGGUACCCAACAGUUGCGCCACUCAUGCUUUACUUUCCAUUUUACUAAACUGUCCAAAUCUUCAUUUAGGAGAAACAUUAAGUAGGUUAAAACAUCAUACAGUGGGUAUGAAUCCUGAAAACAAAGGAUGGGCAAUAGGAAAUACCCCUGAAUUGGCUUGUGCCCACAACUCACAUGCCAUACCACAAGCACGCAAAAAGACAGACAAAAAUGCUGGAGUUUCUACUGGCAGAUUUACAGGUGAAGCAUACCAUUUUGUUAGCUUGGUACCAAUCAAUGGACAUUUGUUUGAACUAGAUGGUCUUAAACCAUAUCCUAUGGAUCAUGGUCCGUGGGCAGCUGAUGAGGAUUGGACAGAUAAAUUUAGAAGGGUAAUGGCAGAAAGACUUGGUAGAGAUGCAGGAGAACAAGUUCAUGAUAUUAGAUUCAACCUAAUGGCAGUUGUACCAGACAGAAGGUUAGCAUUAACACAAAAGCUUGGGGCACUUGAAAUAAAUCAGAAGAGAGUCAAAGAAGCUAUUUCAAAAAUUGGGAAACAUCUACGACAUUUGUUGGGAAAAGGCAGAGAAUAUAAUGGUCAGAGCGAGCUCAUAACUAGCAAUGAUAUUGAUACAUCUCUUAAUGAUAGCAUGGUCCACAUUAGUGAAGAGACAAUAUUAACAGCAUUGCAAUCAUCACAACUACGCACAUAUGACAUAGAUUACACACUACCAAUUACCAUUGAGAUUGGUGCUAUGGACAGACCUCAUCAGGAUAGCAGCAUUUUAUUAGUGGAUCCUGUCGAACAAGGAGCUGUUGUGAAAUUUGUUACAGCAAAUAAAGAUAGUCAAAUCAUUGGUGAUAUCUAUCCAACAUCAACAACCGCCCUAGUGAGAAGUAAUGAAUCACCAGUUCUUUUGUGCUCCGAAAUAGCUCCGGAACAGCCCUAUAAGUUGAGGAAAUUGCUCCUAUCUCAUUCGGAACUUAAUGCGCUAAUGAGCUGCAUUGUCGGUGAAGUGCAAUCGUGUCAGCAGGCUCUAAACGAUGAGAACGAUAAAAGAGAUAUGUAUAAAGUAGACGAUUGUCGACGUACGCACAACUACGACGAGUUCAUCUGCACUUUCCUAUCGAUGUUGACGGAGCGUGGAGCUCUUGCCGAACUGGUCGCGGCGCAGUUAGAACGAGGCCGGUCUCCGAGAGUGAGACGACGACGUCCUAGACCCAGACCCCGAGCGCGACCUAGACCAAGGCCACGUGGAAGAAAAUAAAUCGCAUAACUUUCCCAAUUGUACCAAUCUUGUCCCUUCCCGCCAAUAUAGAUUUUGCAAACAAUAUGAAGUUGCUAUGUUUAAAGUAACAAUAAUUAUUAUACUACCGUCCUGGGUAUGCUUGAGAUUAUAGAAGUUGAUCUUCUAUGUGCUUUUUCAUUGUAAUUCUUAGAUUAGCUUUCGCUAUUCACAAAUCCGAUGUACAUUCGAAGCACUAAGGAUAACUAGUAAAUAAAACAAGUAUUAAAAACGA